GACACGAAACGGUCGCCAGUUUUUCCGGGCUUUUCCGACUUCGCUUAUCGUCGCGUCCUCGCCUCAUUUUCCGUAGCCCGCUUAUCAGCGCAAAACGCGACGCGUGGAAAUGCCGUCGGUGGAAAUGCAGUUGGCAUAAGUCGCUGCCCGCACGAGUGCACAACAUAUCAAUUGGGACUUUCCGACAGCUCCAUUAACCAGGCUCCCGCACACCUGCAGCCAUGUUUUGGAUUUUACGGCGCACCGGAGCCGCCAACUUCUUCAACUCCUUCAACAACAACUGCAGCUUUUCCAAGAGCAACUCGAACGGCGGCAAUCACAGCAACAGCACCCAAGACAAGUAUGUGAAGCGGCCCCCACGGAAGGCAUAUGGACGACUGAGCGCCGAGGCCGACGAUGCCGUGUCACUCGGCCACAAAAUCGAUGAUCCGUUCGAUGAGCUCGACGACUUUGAAAUGCUGGCGGCGAACUCCAGCUCAGCCGGCUGCAGCAGUCAUGCCAACAACGAGCCACCUGGCGAAGCCAAUGGCAACGUCAAUGUCAACGGCUCGAGAGGAGCAGCAGCAUGCGGGAACGGCAACGUGAACGGGAAUGGAAAUGGGAACGGUAACGGGAACGGGAGCCUGGCACUCCUGCCCUGCACGGACGCCGAUUGCCAGGGCAACUACGAGGUGGAGAGCGCCCUCUGCGAGCUGGGCCUCUGCCAGGCGAAGGGCAAGACAUCAAAGGACCUCGGUGCAGGCAGCACGUCCACGUCGAAGGAGAUUAACGAAAACACAAUAAGUCGGCUGCAUGCACUGGCCAUGGCUGAUGAUGAUGACGACUACGAUGAAUCGCUCACCUGCAACGUGUGCGACCGGGCUUUCCAUUGUCACCGUCAGCUGGCGUCGCACCAGCAGAAGAAGCGGCACUUCGGCUGCAGUGGCUGCGACAGUCUCUUCCCCUCGCUGAUGCUGCUGGAGCACCACAAGGAGGAGUUCGAGCACUGGAGCGACGAGGAGAUGGGCCGCCGGGUCUGCUGCCGGCGGAACAGGUGCGACGACGACUACUUCACGGACACGGACUCCUUCAUCAGCGACGCGGAGAGCGAGGAUCUGGAGAGGCUGUUGUAGACGACGGGCUUAAAAUCGGAGCUUGGCACUGAGCGACUUAGCGAGUGAGCGACUGAGGGAUGGCGGGCAGGACUUAGUUUCGGAGGGUUCACCAGCCGGAGAGCGGCCUCCAUCGCCACCCCGCUGGGCGGAGUAUCCUGCGGCGCCAAAUGGAAGGGAAGGUACGGCAGGACGACGGACUGGGCGCUCCUCUUCUGAUGAAGAUUGACACUCGGGCGGGCCGCUUGUCGCCCUAAUGAAAAUGAAUUAAACCCCAAUCUGGCUGAACGCAAAGCCGCCAGCCAAACAAUGAAACAUGUUGGCCCAAACCCGAUACCAAAAACAAAACCAAAAACAAAACCAAAACGAAGCAGAGGCGGCAGCACGGGAUAUAAAAUACUUGUGUGCUGUGGGCCGACUGUACUUUUAGAGUUCAACUACGAGAGACCUCGGUGGGGUCUAAAACCAAGUUAUUGUAAAUGUAAAUGUAAUUGUAAAUGUAUAUCUAUGUGUGUGUAUAAUGAGCUAGUCGAAUACGAAUACGAAGUUCCAUAAGUGGAAGUCAUAUCAUUAAAUGCAUAUGUGUUGACCGAGAACAAGUGCAGAAAACUAUUUACCAAGCGGAAAACGCAAGAACCCAAUGUAUUUUUCAAUAAAUAAAGCCGUGCGAAGCCGAGAGCCUUUUCAGCAA